AAAAACGAUUAAAAGUCAGCGCAUGCCGGUGCGAAUAAUUGUAUAAGUUUGACGUGAAAUGUACCCUAUUCAGUAUUUCCCUUAGCUCUUGCUCUUGCUCUUUAUUUUGUUGUGACGUUGGAAUUUCAUCUGGGGAAAAAAGCCAUCAUUUUGAAGGUUUAUAUAUUUGAACAUGCUUCGGGUCUAUAAAUUACAGGCAUAGAAUAAGCCUGCUACAAAAUAUCAUGCCGAAGAUUUAGCCCAGGCUAAUCAAAUGUACCGAAAAAUGCUUGUAUUUUGAAAGCAGUCUGUCGUGAUACAGGAAGUAACCCUCUGUGAUAGCGAUGUUUUCACUGUAUGAGACAAAGCGUUGCGUGGAGAGAAAAACGGCUAGUCUACAGCUGGUGUUUGUUUUCAUGGUCAUUUUCAUGAUACUGUACAGUUAGUGAAAUAUCACAUUUCUUUGGAUUAUCGAGUGGACUCCCCAUCAUGGCAGCUGAGGAGGAGAGGGGGGUUGUUCGUGUCAAAGUCAAGAAGUUUGAGGGAAUGCUGCCAGUGGAGUUCCGUUCAUUUGCUGUCGAUCCUCAGAUAACCUCACUGGAAGUCCUACAGCACAUUCUCAUCCGGGCCUUUGAACUGAACGGGAAGAGGAAUUUUGGAAUAAGUUAUUUAUCCCAAGAUCGCUCGGGUGUGGAAGUGUACCUUUCUCUCCUCUCUGAUUGGGAUUUAGAUGCUGCGUUUGUCUCUGCAGCUAAACCAUUCCUGCAGCUCAAGAUGGACAUCAAACCGUCUGAAGACAGUCCUGUUCUGGAAGACUGGGACAUCAUCAGCCCCAAAGACGUGAUCGGCUCUGAAGUGGGCGAGAAGCGAUCCCUUGCGGCUGCUGCCCUCCCUUUCACCCAGUCCCUCCUGUCCCAGGUUACUGAGCCCGUCAGCCAGCUCUUUUCCCAGCCAGUCUCUUCUGCUUUCAGUCAGAUGGGUAAAACACUGUCCAAAGUGCAGCAGGCCUUGAGCUGGUCUUAUGGGGAAGAGGUGAAGCCCUUCAAGCCCCCCCUGAGUGACACUGAGUUCCACAGCUAUCUCAACAGCCUGGGGCAGCUGACGCGGCCGGAGGACCUCAGACUGCGCAUCUACCAUGGAGGGGUGGAGCCAUCAUUGCGCAAAGUUGUGUGGCGAUAUCUCCUUAACGUGUAUCCAGAUGGCUUGGCUGGUCUAGAGAGGAUGGACUACAUGAAGAGAAAGACCAGAGAGUAUGACCAACUGAAAAGGGAAUGGUCUGCCAGGGUCAGUUCCGAAGAUCUGGAGUUCAUCAGAGGAAAUGUGAUGAAGGAUGUGUUAAGAACUGACAGAGCACACCCUUACUACGCUGGCUCAGAGGACAGCCCCCAUCUCACGGCCCUGACUGACCUCCUGACAACCUAUGCCAUCACACAUCCACAGGUGUCUUACUGCCAGGGUAUGAGUGAUAUUGCAUCACCAAUUCUUGCAGUGAUGGACAAUGAGGCACAUGCAUUUAUCUGCUUCUGUGGAAUCAUGAAAAGGCUGGAAGGCAACUUCCGCCCCGACGGACAGCUCAUGUCAGUCAAAUUCCAGCACCUGAAGCUGUUGCUCCAGUAUUCUGACCCGGAAUUCUAUGCCUAUUUGGUUUCCAUGGGAGCUGAUGACCUGUUCUUCUGUUACCGUUGGCUACUUCUGGAGCUGAAGCGCGAGUUUGCAUUUGAUGAUGCUCUUAGGAUGCUGGAGGUAACCUGGAGUUCCCUUCCACCUGAUCCUCCGGAAACAGAAGUGGAGUUGAUUAGUUCAACUCAGGAGUCUGAAAAAGACUGCACUUCGGAGGACGGGUACGGAAUGGCAGAGGGUGAGGUGAUGGAGGGACAGCAAACGGAAAGGCAACGGAGACGCCAUAUGUUACGGCCCUCGCGAGAAGAGGCGGACGGUGAAAGGAAGAUGACCUUAGAAGAUGAGCCAACGGUUGAGGAAGGUCCGAGACGAGAUGGUGAAGGAGACUACUGCUCAGUAUAUGAAGCGAAGAUGAACAGUGCUUCAGUUCCCCCAUUUGAGAAACAACCCAGUUUUGGUGAAUUUAAAUACUACAGUGCCAGGAAUGAGGACAGCUUUGAGUUGCAGAAGGAAUCCGCUAUUGCUACCCCUGAGUUUCGUUCCUGUAGCCCUCCAUCACCUUUGCCAGUUCGGCAGUCAACGGAGGACAGUGAGGAUGACCCUGGAGAGAGGGCACCUCUGAUAAGAAGCCGCGAGUCAUCAAUUCCAGACAUGGAGCAGAGGAGCUCACCCAAUGGGCAAGCUUCUCCAGUGUUACCAUUGCCUUCACACCUGCCUACGAGGAACACUGGAUCCAACCAGUCUCUCACCACUUCCCCCUCACUAUCCAACUGGAGAGGAACCUCCCCAGACAGCCCACCAUCCCAUUACAGUGCAUCUUCUUUAAUGAAUGGAAGACCAACAUCUCCAGAUGAAACGUCUGGGAGACUUGCGUCACCUCCUCCAACCUCUAAUGGAACGGGGGCUAACUCUCCUUCCACACCCCCUGGAAAGUCUACUCUUUCCUCCCCGACUUUGACCUUCCCUCAAAACCGCUCUUUACUGUACUCCCCUGUGUUGUCUUUUGUGAAAUCUCCCUCUCUGCCCAAGCCUUUUUCCAGCAAUCUUCCUUCCCCUUGCUCCAAAACCUCCACAGCCACGGUUAACUCCCCAAAUACUAACAGUGCGCCCAUCAAACCCUGUUCUUUGCCACCUCCACAAGAGUUUGGCAAAGGCAAUCCCUUCAUGCUGUUUCUGUGCCUGUCUAUUCUGCUAGAGCACCGUGACCACAUUAUUAAGAACAGCCUAGAUUAUAACGAACUGGCCAUGCAUUUUGACCGGCUUGUUCGGAGACACAAUCUCGGAAGGGUGCUGCAGCGUGCUAAAGCUCUUUUUGCUGAUUACCUUCAAAGUGAGGUGUGGGACUCUGAGGAAGGGGAUGAAGUCAGCUUGGACUCACCCACCACAGCUGACACCAGUCUCCAUUCUCCGACUAACAGAUCAACAAUUCCUAGUCAGCAGUCCCCAACACGGCCAACUUCAUCCAACUCGACCUACAACCUUGCCUCCACUAUUCCUUCUCCCACGAAUCAAACGCCUCUUUCUUCUCCCUCUUCAUGACUUCUUCUCCCUCUUCAUGUCUUGCAUCUCCAACUUCCUGUAUUCCCUCUCCAUGCCACAGCCCACAUGAACAGAUAUACGUCAUAGAUAAAACUAUUCAUUAUCUGAGUUUGUUCCCAAUCGUUUCGUUUCUUUAAAACGAUUCCAAAUGUACCACAGCUAAAAGGCCCACCAUUCCACCAGUGUAAUGUGUACACCGUGCUUUCACAAGAGACCUUCAAGUUUAGUCUUUACCAUCUUUUCCAGCAGUUCAUACACCUUAACCCGCAUUCUUGCCUUUGCCUUUUUAUCACAGCCUUGUUAUGCCGAAGUUAUCUGAUGUUACCCUUGCUAUUAUCAAAUCUUUGAUUUUCAGGUUUACAGACGAUGUUUUGUUGAUUCUUAUGCUUCACCAAAGUUACUUAAAGUUAAUUCAAGGGAAACCAAUGCUUUUGUUAUGUUACUGCUCAGAAUGUGGAUGUGCAUUGUUGAUUUUGGCUAAUGUUCAGAAAUGUCAAUGUGAAUGUGCAGACAUGUCCUCAACUUGAUUUGAUUAUUUUAUUGGGUCUAGGAAACAUAGAUUUAGUUUGUUGUCAAACUUAUAUUUGUGAUGAAACUUGAUGACAGUUUUUUUUCUGCACAGAACUACUGUUGUUGUACAUCUGUACAUUUAAAGGAAUGCAUAUAACUGGUAUUUGCCUUUUAACGCUUUUAGGAUUUAGACUUAUUGGAGCAUUGGAGCAGUCCAUCCCAAAGAGAAAAGACCAUGUUGUUUAGCCAAAAAAAAUACUUAAAGGUCGAAAAUUGUCACUGGCAAACACUGUUUAAAAUCAUUGAGUAAUGUAUACCUGGGGUUACCUUGAAGGGACUAGUAAUGAGUUAUUCCAGUGUUUUGAUUUUUUUUACUAUGGAAAAAUGUAGACUGUAGCAAUAGGUGGCAAGCUGAAUCAUAAAUGUGAAAACAUACCACACACACAGGAUAUAAGAAGAAAAUUACUCAAGCUUGUAUUUAUCCUGUUGUGUCUGAUUUCAAAUUGAAUGAAUGGAAAACUUUGACUGUAUAGCUCCACUUUAUACAAUGUAGCUGUUGCUAUUGAAAUAGAAAUCUAUGUACAGAAUGUUUAUUUCAGUAUUCCUUUAUAUUUGAAAAGAACUGGAAGUUGCCCUUUAGCAAGUUACAAACAGUGACAUUCAAAGAAAAGGUGCGUGAUGUGUUCAUUUGAUUCCCUUGUUAACUAAGAAAGUGAGUCAGAAUUUGAACAUUGGUUAAGUAUAUAACUAAGUAAAGUAAUAAUAACAAUAUUUUACACUACAUAAUCAAACAGUGAACCAUUUUAUCAUCACAUCUUACAAACUUUAUACUUAAUCCUCUGUAUAGUUACCUUGCAAGUUUUGUUUUGUUUUAAAUCACAUACCAGAGUUGAAUCACUAUCGUGAUUAUCACAUCAGUGAGAAUCAAUAUAUUUUACAUAUUUUGACAACAGUUUAUUCAUUCAGAGACCACUUACUUAAAUAUACAGAUACAUGGCAUUUGAUGAAAUAUAGUAAUGAGCCACCAAGACUUUCUCUAAGGAGACUUUUUGAGGCAUCUGCCUAACGCCAGUGAAGUUUGUGAAGUCAGGUGUUCUGGCCAAUGCUUUGCACAAUAGUCCCUACUUCUGUACUGGGGACAAUUUCUGACUGAAAUUAUUUACAUGUCUUAACACCAAGUGUUCUUUUGAUUUCUUUCCUUCACAUUUACAAGUGCUUUUAGCAGGCUCCUCACAAGGACCAAAAACAUAUUUCCUGAAAUAGGGGAUAUUGAAGGCCUUGUGUUUAUGUGUGAUAUUAUUUGGUACUGAAUGUUUGUGAUUAUACCUUUUUUGUUUUGUUUUGUAUAUUUAUGCAUUGGAAUUGUUGCUGGACUGAAUGCUAGCAAUACAGAUAUUUCUACAAUAAACUUCCCUAAUUUAAA